AUGGCAGACGUCGACAUGCCCGACGUUGGUCCCCCAACCGACCACAUUGAGACCUCUACCCCCGAAGAGACGCUCAAGUUACUCUACGAUCUUGACGCACUGACACAGAUUCCAGAAGGGGAGUUCACCAAGGACAUUCCCCCACCGCCGAUAGGAGAGUUUACCAAGCCAGCUAGUAAGUCCACACCGACGCAAGAUGGGCAGCCUGGACCUUCGUUGGUACCGGGCGGCUCAGGAAACCAGGUUGAUGAGGAGGAGGAGGAGGAGGAGGAGGAGGAGGAGGAGGAGGAGGAGGAGGAGGAGGAGGAGGAGGAGGAGGAGGAGGAGGAGGAGGAGGAGGAGGAGGAGGAGAGCGACGACGAAUACGACGAGCGUCCUCCGCGUAGCACGAAUCCGCGCACCUUGGAAGAACGCCUCCGGCGGGAACUUGAAUACAUAGAUGACAUGCUAGAACAGGACGAGGACGAGGACGAGCAGAACAUGGCGGCGCCACGCGAACAGUGGAGAGCAGCAGACUUCGUCGAGGACGACAUGGUUUACGCAAGCAUCGACGUGCUGGUCAUAGACGCCCUACGCCACCUGCAAACCUUGGAGAAGAAUAGCACGCUGAGGCUGUACACCUCGUUCAUCUACCACUACAAGAGGUGGGCGGCGAAAAUGCUGACGCAAAUACGCGACAAGCUUCCCCAGGAGCACAGGCUUAGGCACGUCGACGAGAUCGGCCACUACAUCCGGGACAACAAGAAGAAGAAUUGGGACAAAGUGGCCGAGGUCCCCCGAGAGUACAUCUGGCUGCACGGUCCUAGGGUAACCGAAACCCGGCUGCGCGCCUAUGUGAAGUUCAUGAUACGUGAGUGUCAGCUCGAUGCCGAGUCGAUCGAGGAGGGGAACAAUGCCCCGCGAACCCAUCCGGUGCAAGGUACAACGGUGCACACGCUCCUCGGGCGCAUAAAGGCAUGCCAGAUGGCGGCGAGAGUGGAGGCGAUGCUCUACCGGGAGAAGGAGCUGAGCAUCAUGCGGGAGAUAUCGGUGGUCAGAUCGGAGGUGCGGUUCAUGGUCCGCACCAAGAACGAGAGGGACGUCAAGAAUUGUGCCGACCGGCGUCGCGGCACCAUCGGCGAUACCUACACCGCCGAACAGUUCCGCCAGAUCAUGAUGAAGGUGCUGCCGACAUGGGCGGCGUCGGCGUGGAACCCGCGGGCAACCGCUCCUUCGCAGACGCUGUGGCGAUUUCUGCUCACCAAGGCGCUCACGCUACUCUCCCACCACACUCUCCUGCGAGGCGCCAGCAUCCGCGAGAUCACGCUCCCCGACAUCUUCUUGUACCGACUGGCUAGCACCUCGUCGGUGAACCCGGAGAACCAGCCGGUCGUCAUGGUGAUCGCCGCGCGGAACUCGAAGACUUCCAAGGAUGCCCGUCUUCAGCAGAGCUACGCGGCGCGACACUUGGAAGCGGAGUUGUGCGCCGUCGGCGAGACCGGCCUAUGGUUGCACUUCAUCCUCGACCGCCGCGGCUUGUGGACGACCAACAAGGUGUUCUGCAAGCGGAAUGUGCACGCCGCUCGCGCCGGAGGUGCGCAGGAGCUAGCCAUUGAAGGGACGCCUCGCGCCGAGAUCGCCGAGCUGGGUCACUGGGCACUCGACAAGAUGACGCGUGCUUACAUCACAGCCAUUCCCGUUGGGGUGGUGAUGAAGAAGGCCGGCUACUCGGGUUGCAAGCAAGACUACUUCUUGGGUCGCAGCAGGGUCGAGCCCUCCAACAAACUAUUGGACAUCAUCGCCGAGCACAUCUUCCCGGGCGUGGAUGCUCUGCUGCGCGAUGCGGAAACGCGAGCUGCCAAAGGGAGCGACGCCGACAAAGCCGCCGUGCACUUCUGGCGUACCCUCCAGAUGAUGCGCCGCAUCGUCGCCGAGGACCUCGCGGUGAAGCUCGUCCGCAUCCCUUGGCACCCGUACGUCCAAGGUUCGAAGCUCUGCCGGAUUGCCCUCUUUCAGCACUGGGCGAAAAGGGUCGAGAAGAUCGACACCGAAACGAUCAACAAACGCCGGGACCCAACCCUCAUUCAGGCAGAGGAAAUCUCCGUUCGCUUGGACAUCGAAUACCAUAACAUGUCCCUCAAGGAGAUGCUGAAGUACGAGAGGGAGCGCGCCGCGGUCGAGAAGAUCGACCUUCAGGAUGAACUCGAGAAGCGCGACGAUACCAUCGCGACGCUGACCGCCGAGAUAACCCGUCUCACCGAGGCACUCCGUGUGUCAGAAGCACGGAGGAUGCCGGAGACGCCGCCGUCGGGGAACGAGCAGACGCCGAGCGAGAGUGGCUCCGCGGAUUCGGCCAGUCCGGGGGCCAGAAACAAGAAACGGUACGAGAAACCCCCACAGACGCUCGACGAGGCUCGUUACGAGCUCAACGUGGUGCAACCUUGGCGGGAGUCAAAGACCGUGAGGGACGCUUGGCGCCUCUGGAACUCCGCCACCGCCGAUGACACCCGCCGUCUUUGCGAUAGGGUCGCCGAGCCGGGAUUCGUCGACCGCCACACCCUCCUCAAAGGCGCGACGAAGGGUGCACACGACAUGAAGGUGCGCCGCAUGCUGAAGGCCAUGGAUGCGGUGCGCCUUCUUCGCUCGAGCGACGGCGAUGCCGACACCGAAGCCGUCGUCGCUGCCCUGAACAAGAUCGCGGCGCCGGGCAUCGGGACCUUCUGCGAUGCCCUCACGGUGCUCAAACCGGGAACCGCACCGACGAAGUCCAAGGAGCCCGGCAUGGGAGUCAAGGGGCUGGGCCCCAAGUCGGUCUCGAAGCUACGUCUCGCCUGUGCGCUGGUGGCGGUCAACUUGAAGCCGACCGCUUGGGUCGCCGUCCUGUUUCCAGACACCUGGGAGGAGCAGAUGCCGAAGACCGUGGCGGACAUGGCCAAGCAGACCGCACCUGUGCUGCGUCCUCCGACGAAGCGCAAGAAGGCGGCAUGA